AUGUGUUCUUAUUCUUUCAUAGCAACUUCAGAUCAAGUUCACUACCAUGUUAGAUCCAUUAGCUUGCCUUCUAGAUUACACCCUUUAUCCAAUGACAUCGAAAUCGAGCUCAAGAAUUUCGAAUUAUUAGCAUCUUCCAUGAAUAAUGCAGAUUUAUUAACAAGGCUUGUGCAUUUGUACAAUUGUGUGAAUGAACAAAUCAUUGUUUCUUCACUCUCCCAAAAGGUUCUUCUCCAUGAUCAAGAUCAAGAAAAGUACUUAGAUAAAGUACUUGAUAUGUCACUUGUUUUUCUUGAUGUUUGUGGAUCGGCAAGAGAAUUGUUGCAACUCGCGAAAGAACACGCGCAAGAGCUUCAAUCCGCGAUGCGUCGCGGAAAGGGUCAAGAUUGUUCCAGCAUUAAGAGUCAGAUUUGUGAUUACUUUUGUUUCAAGAAAAGGGCAAAGAGAGAAAUCUCUAAGAUCCUUAAAUCAUUGAAGAAAAUGGAAAAUAAUCAUGGCUUUGUUAAUAGUAAGACACAUUGUUUAUCAAGUGUGUCUAAAGUUCUAAGAGAACUAAGCAUUGUAACCAUUUUGGUGUUGAGAAGAGUACUAAUUUUUAUGUGUCCACAGGUGUUGAAGAAAAAGAAUAAUGUUGGUGAGUGGUUAUUAUUGUUCUCUAGAAAAAAGAGGGUCAUCAAUAGUAAUGAAAUUGAUGUGUUUCCAUGCACAAUAAUAGUUAAGAAAACCAAUGGUUUUGUUAAGGAUGAUUUAGAAAUAGUUAAGAGAAGAUUAGAGGGAGUAGAUAAGUGUGUUAGAGAGUUAGAGGCAGGACUAGAUUGCCUCUUUAGGUGCUUAAUUAGACAUAGAGUGUCACUUCUUAAUCUUCUUACUCCCUAA